AGCUUGCUCUCAUUGUUGACCAUGAAGCUUCUCGUCUAUGUUUUCCGACAUUUGUGACUUCCGAAAUCCUGACCCAUCCGAAUAAUCAUAGUCGUGUUAAACGGGGCUGUCUUACAGUGGAUAGGAAAUCUUCGAUACGACAUCAAUGCUAAGAUAUUGCCAACCGAUACGGACGUACAGCGCGUUCUGAAGUUGAGUGCUCUACUAUAGCCUGUGACGGAGGCAACCACAGCGGCUUUACACGGUGCUGCUAUCCUCACGAUAUGCUAUUCCGUAACCCCUUUCGCGUUAUUCAUGGUAUGUAGGUACAACCCGACACAUCCCGGAGAUAUCAUUGACUAGGCGAUGAGGCACGUAGCGCCGUUACUAGCAGGACUUUGUCUCCCGAUCGCUUGGCCUGGUAGUAAGUAGACCUCAUGACGUGUGGUACUGACAUCUAAUAUAUUUGUCACCGCUAAAGGACUCUAUUUUUUCGUUCUUCGUCGGUAGCCGGGCACCCAGCUGCACUAAUUAAAACCUAGAUCGGCGUUGUUACAAGGAAGGGACACGGAACGAGUUACUGGCUUUGGCAAGAAUUGUGGUUCAUGGCCCGCCGCUAGCAACACAGAAGGUGCUUUCAAUGCUUCCAAGUCUCACAGGCCGUUGAAACUGCUCCCUGACUGAGUCAUGGGGUCAUCAGCAUGUCGAGAGUUUCCCACAAACAAUCCUACAUAUAUCAUCGUCAACUGCUCCAGGUGGCCCCUAAUAAUACACGCAACUCAUAAAACGAAUCAAUACUACUCAGGAGUAGUGGUCAAAGCUGAAAUGCCCUUGUUCAUAGGAGGCAUCCUCGCUUUUGUAGCAGCCUUUUGGUCCAGCAGAGCAACUCCAGAGACCGGCGCUGCAGCCUCGUUGGCUUCACAAGCAGUGUUGAUUGAUCCUCUCGAUUUUAACGUUCUGAGUCAGAAUGGCGCCUUCCGAGACUCUUCGUUCACUGAAUUCUUCAAUCCUACCAAUUCUACACCGCCUUUCUUCCAAGUUUUCCAUCCCGAUUUCCUUUCCAUCCUAGGCAAAAAGCCGUCUAUUCGUGCAAUAGCAGCAAACCCAGAAUUUGCUUUUGCUCACGAAGCACCUAUAUGGCUUCCAGGUACGGACGAAGUAUUUUUCGCAAGCAAUGAUGGCGGGCCGCUCGGAAUGAGUGAUAUCGACCAUAACAAUCAAGUGAGCAAGGUAAGUUUGAAGGACGUUUCGGCAGCCAUCGCCAGAGUUUCUGGCCACGCCGAUGUGAACGUCACCGUGACGAAGCUGGAUUUACCAGAUACGGUACAAAUGACAAACGGUGGAACAGGACCCUUCCGUUCUUCACUCCUAUUGAUCAACUCCGGUCGUGGACCUUUACCCCCUUCCCUCACACUUGUAAACCCUAAGCCUCCAUUUAACACGACUUUACUACUCGACAAUUUCUUUGGACGACAGUUCAACUCUCUUAACGAUGUGAAGAUUCACCCCAAAAGUAAGAAGAUAUUCUUCACCGAUGUAACCUACGGCUUCCUCAAUCAUUUCCGGCCAAAUCCGCUUAUGCCGAACCAAGUGUAUCGAUUUGACCCAGACACAGGAAGAGUACGGGUUGUAGCAGACGGUUUUGACAGACCAAACGGUAUUGCGUUUACUAAGGACGGAAAUACGGCAUAUAUUGCAGAUACCGGCGCCACCGCAGGAUUCUUGGGAAACAAUCAGACUGAACCGGCAACCAUUUACGCUUUCGAUGUUGAUCCAAAGACUCAGGCAUUCUUGAACAGGCGCGUCUUCGCCUAUGUGGACACUGGUGUUGCAGACGGAGUUCAGCUGGAUAGCAAUGGGAAUGUUUACGCAGGCUGUGGCGAUGGCACACAGGUCUGGAAUCCUGAAGGAGAAUUACUAGGUAAAUUCUUCAUAGGAAAUACGUCUGCAAACAUGAUAUUUGCGGGGAAGGGGAGAUUGGUCAUUAUGGGGGAAACGAAGAUAUUCUUCGCCGAGAUCGCAGCAGAAGGGUUUGAUUUGUCAUUCCCGUAGUUCAGACCAAAGAGCACACAUUAAACAUUGAGUGGAUCCACUUAGUGGCGACUUCGUGUACACAGUCGGACGGUGAUGAUUCCUUAUGAUUGGAGUGGGCCUCGGUGAACAUUCUCUUUGAACGGUUUUUUGUGGUAUCGGCGGAGUGGAAAAGUCACUGUUGUGACACUGGAUGGAGACGUAACCUUCAAGAUAAGUACUGCAGCGUACGCAAGGGUAGGCGAAAU